UACUGCGUGGCCAUAUACCAACUGCAUUCAACGGGCCUUUCAGCUGUACGUUCGCGCCACUUGGCGGGAGAGAUUCGAAGUUGAGGGAAAACACGGCGGCGCCGAAGUACAGUAACGUACACACUGUAUACUAUUCAUGUUGCAACACGCACAAUUCAAGUACAUGUAGAUUUAGACUGCUACAAUCGAACUUUUCAUUGGACGUACGUGUUGCCCGAUUCUGAGCUGAGAUUCUGGAAGUUGCUUGUGUCAAAUAAAGAGCAAUUUGUACUCUAACAAUUAGUCAAAAUGAAUAAUUUGCUUUCCAGAGGGGCCAUUGCGGCCAUUUUCCGAGGAGAAAAUGUCAGUUGCCCUGUGUUACAGCUUUUGGCAUGUAAGAAGAUGAAUGCUGCCGCCAGUGGCAAAGCUGUGGAUCGUUACAGGCUUAUGCUUUCAGAUGGAGAACACACAUGCACAGCUAUGUUGGCUACACAACUCAACGAGAUGGUUUCCACCGGAGAGCUAGACGUCAAAGCCGCCAUGAAACUCAAGAACUACUCUUGUAAUCCCAUAGCCAACGACAGGCGAGUUAUUGUCGUUUUAGACCUGGAUAUUGUGAAGAAAGGAAGUGAGAUUGGUGUGUCUAUCGGUGACCCUACACCAAUGAGAGCUCCGGGGCAGGGAGGAGCUGCACCAGCUCAGCAGCAGUCUAGACCAGAUAGCACAGUGAGCCAUGAUCCACCUCAGACAGCCAGGCCCACCAGCUAUGGUACAGGAGCAGCCCCGGCUAGCGCAACGCCCAACAAACAAGGGACAUUCUACGGUCAAUCAAACUCGGCCAUGGGGGGUAGUACCACGUCACCCAAGAAGGUCCAGCCCAUCUCCAGUCUAACCCCCUACCAGAACAGAUGGACCAUAAAAGCUCGAGUGACCAACAAGACGGCCAUCCGUACCUGGAGCAACGCCCGUGGUGAAGGCAAGCUCUUCUCCAUGGAUCUCCUAGAUCAGUCCGGUGAAAUCCGCUGCACGGCCUUCAAGGACAUGGUGGAUAAAUACUAUGAGAUGAUAGAGAUUGGAAAGGUCUACUUUGUAUCUCGAGGCACCCUGAAGCCCGCCAAUCGUCAGUACACCUCCAUCAACAAUGACUAUGAGCUCACCUUCAACAACGAUACGAUGGUAGAGCCCUGUGUGGAGGAAGACGUGUCCAUUCCAGCCGUCCAGUUUGACUUCAAGAGCAUCUCUCAUCUUGAGGAUACGCCGGAAGAUUCCAUGAUAGAUGUGAUUGGAGUGUGCAAGAGUACGAGCGACCUGACUGCAGUGACCAUCAAGUCGUCUAAUCGAGAGGUCAACAAGAGGUCAUUACAGCUGGUCGAUGAUUCUCAGAAGGAAGUUUCUCUGACCCUGUGGGGCAAGGAGGCUGAGGACUUUGAUGGUUCAGGGAACCCCGUGAUCGCUGUGAAGGGAGCUCGCCUGUCUGGUUUCGGAGGAAGAUCUCUGUCGGUCCUGCAGAAUAGUAUUUUCCAGGUCAAUCCUGACAUCCCCAAAGCACAUCAUCUCAAAGGAUGGUUUGACAGCGAGGGUCACUCCCAGGAUUCCCAGUCCAUCUCUACUAGACAGGGAUCAGGAGGCGGAGGAGGAGCUAACACAAACUGGAUGACAUUCCACGAUGUACAUGCACAGAACCUAGGCCAGGGUGAAAAGCCGGAUUAUUUCACAGUGAAGGGCACCAUACUCUUUGUCAGGAAGGAGAACUGCAUGUACAUGGCCUGUCCGUCAGCUGAGUGUAACAAGAAAGUUUCAGAGAAUGGAGAUGGGUCGUACAGAUGUGAGAAGUGUUCCAAAGACUAUGAAAACUUCAAGUAUAGACUCCUGCUUUCUGCCAAUGUUGCUGACUCCACAGACAACCAAUGGGCGACCUGCUUUCAGGAGACAGCAGAACAGCUACUUUUAAAAUCAGCACAGGAACUGGGUAGUCUCAAAGAUCAGGGUGAGGCGACAGAAAAGGAAUUUAAUCAGGUCUUCCAAGAUGCUUGCUUCAUUGAUUACAUGUUCAGGAUGAGGAUCAAGAUGGAAACUUAUAAUGAGGAAGCCCGUCUGAAGUGCACCUGCGUCAGCGCUCAACCCAUCAACGUGCGAGACUACACCAACAAACUGAUCAAGGAUAUCAGACUUAUGGCCUCUGCUUAGCGGACCAA